CGCGUCAUUUAAAAAUGGCGAUUUGAACCCCUGGAAGUUCGCCCACUGUCUCAGUCAGUAGUCUGAAAACUCUGCUCUGACUGCCGAUAUGUAUUAUAAACGAAUCAAUUGAGUUAAUUACUUGUUAGUCAGUAGUUUGUUAAAUAAAUUAAAAAUGGGAUCAAAUAAAGUAACCUUCGGUACAUUAAUAUCAAUAGUAAUAAUAAUUAUCGGUAUUUACUACCGCAAUAGCGAUCGAGAGUUAAGAACACGACUGACUCAUGUUCUAAAUGGUCUUGAGCACUUGGAGACCAAACAUGAGAUCGCGGUGAGACCCAAAAUAGCAGUGGGCUAUGGUGCCUGUGCAGAUGUGUUCAUCGACGCGAAAUAUCUGAUAAAUUAUUCACCGAAGAUCGGAGCUCCUGAGCACUAUGACGAGAUCAAUAGCAGAGACGAGUUGCUUAAAAGUUUCGCGUAUUAUUUCCGUCAUGGAGCAGCUGCUGAGCGCUACAUGAGAAAUGAAGAGUUGUUCGACAAACUGGUAAUGAAAGCCCGGUCUUUCGACUCUUCUUACUCAGCGAUUGGAGGAAACGCUCCGGUGAUGGCGAUGAGGUUCGCGAAAGAAGGCUGCGAGGUCCUGCUGGCGGCCAAGAUGACGAGAAACUUGAGGUUGAUGAUUCCGGAUAACAUCGAAGUGGUCGGGGGCGAGGUCGACAGGGACGACGUCCACUUGAUUCUCGAGUACAAACGCGGGGAACGCUGGGGUCCUUACACCAGUGCGAGAGCCAAUAGGUACAUUAUCCACAAUGACAAUAAUAAUCCGACAGUGAGCUCCUUGGAGGAGUUCGAUAAAGCUCUGCCGGAGUUCAAACCGGAUUUGCUGGUCGUCAGUGGCCUACAGAUGAUGGACAAUUAUCCCUUUGAUGAUGGAGUAAGACACAGCAGAUUAGAAAAAAUAAAACAGCAAAUGAUAGAUCAGUUGCCGACAACGAGAAUUCAUUUUGAAAUGGCGUCAUUCGUUGAAAAAGAUUUAGUCACUGAUUUGGAAAAUAUGAUACUGCCAUAUGCCGACAGUUUGGGAAUGAACGAGCAAGAAAUCGCGAAUCUUUACAACUCGAUGUACUACGGGAACAUUUCGCUGGUCGCGGACUCGUCACCGCGGGUCGCAACGAUAUUGGAUUACAUGCGAGUUCUCUUCAAGCUGGUGAGAAUGAGGGGCAGGGAAAUCGAUGGAGCACGUGAGCUCACGAGAAUUCAUGUUCACACACUGGCUUACCAGGCUAUUAUGACGGUCAAAAAUUCACCCUGGAAAAAUACAAUGGCCGCGGCUGCUAAGGCUUCACUUGUAGCCCAUCGUCAUGUUUGCGGAACCAGUAAUAUCGACGUAAAGAAAGCGACUUUAAUAAUGGACGACAGUUUUUCCACAUCAAAAGUCUCAGGAAAGCGGAUACCUCUGGACAUCGAGAAGCCUGUUUCAUGUUGGGACGAAAUUCUAAAAACCAGUAUCCAAGAUUACGCGGUGGAAGUCUGCGUCGCGCCUGUUUUGGUCUGCACCGAAGCUAGUCAGACUGCCGGCGGGGGCGAUAAUAUUUCUAGCGCCGGUCUAGUUCUACAGAUUUAAUUAAUCGACGAGUAAUUACUAAGAAUACUGAGAUAUCUGCCACUCAAAGAAAUGUGUUGAAUUUUACAUCUAUUAUAUUAUGUAUAAAUAUAUAUAUACAUAUAUAUAUAUUAUUUCCAAGUAGACGUUGCAUUCCUAACUAAAUUAGUUACAGUCACUGCAAUUAUCUAGUUAAUUAAUCAUUUUUUUCUGUGUACAAAAAAAUUAAAUUUUUUAUACAAAUGAU